UUUUUCUUAGGUCGGUCUCACGUGUUCAUCACAUUGUUUACCAAUUUCAAGUUCAAGAUGCCGUUUAAAGUUCCUCCCUGGGAAGAUGGUGCCGAAAUAAUUGACUUUAUGCCCAUGAGCUCGGCAGGAAACGGAGUUGGUACCACAAAGAAGUCAAAGAAAAAGAAACCCAAAAAGAAGAAACCAAAGGCGACAGCUGAGGCUGGGACGGAGACGGCAGCGGCCAAUAGCGGAUUUCGCUACAGACCAGGUGUGGGACCAUUGGCUCCGCCAGGAAACACCUCGUCCGACGAUGAGGCAGAUGACGAAAUGCGGGCCAUGCACAAAGUGCGAUCUGGACGCGUGGAAAAGCAGCGUCCUCCAGUCCAAACGACGAAAGGUGGCAAGAAACAACUGGCGAUGAAGCCGGAGCUGGCGCAGGCUGCACUGGAGGCAAUGGAAGUGACGCCAACAUCCGCUGAGGCACCCUCGCUGGCAAAUAAGCUGCAGACGGAGCUGCUGGGCGGACGCUUCCGCUACAUAAACGAACAACUCUACACAAUGAACAGCCACAAGGCGGAAGCCAUGUUCCGCUCAGAUUCCUCCGCUUUCGAUGCCUACCAUGCUGGCUACCGACAGCAGGUGGAAAAGUGGCCAGCGAAUCCGCUAAAUCGCAUAAUCAAGACUGUUAAACGACUGCCCAAGACGACAAUUAUUGGUGACUUUGGCUGUGGAGAUGGCAAGCUGGCCCAGUCCUUGCCCAACAAGGUAUACUCUAUGGACUUGGUCGCUUCACGAGGCGACAUCAUAGCGUGCAACAUUACGGACACUCCGCUGGAACCGCAAUGCCUGGACGUGGCUGUAUAUUGCCUCUCGCUCAUGGGUACCAACCUGAACGACUUCUUCCUGGAGGCGAACCGCGUGCUCAAGCUCCAUGGAAACGUCUACAUAGCGGAGAUUCAGUCGCGCUUCGAGGAUGCCCGAGCCUUUGUACGCAGCGUGAGCGCCUGCGGUUUCGAUCUCGUCAAGAAGGAUGUGGCUGUCAACUAUUUCUAUUUCUUUCACUUCAAGAAAAUGCGGCAUGUGGACAAAGCGGUCAAGCUAAAACCGUUCUCGCUCAAGCCUUGUCUAUACCGCAAGCGCUGAGGAUACAGGUAGCAAUUGCAUACAUUAAUUAAUGUAGAAAUGGAAAGCCGCAAUAAAAUAAAAUUUUUAUUUAACUCGAA